AUGUUUAACGUUAAUCGGCUUAAGCCGUACCAUCAGUACGCUGCUUCUUCCGAUGAAGAACGCCCUUGCGCUCAAGCAUCUCACAGAGGGCCUUGUACUCCCGAUGGUGGACACCAACAAGGGUCUGAAGAGCAGUUAUCUCAGUUCGAGACCGAUCAAUAUCCACACGAGCUACCCUUAGCUCGUCAUGCAGAGAUGUCAAAGCUCUCUCGUUCUCAAGCUGAGCGAAAGAAAACUCAGCUCGAUGCUCCAAGACAGUGUCCACUAGUUGAAGACGCCUGCCCCGCUCAUGCUCGAGGUCACCGCGUAACGCUUGCGUUACGCGAUCAAGGAAGCUCUCGGAGACACACGCUCCCCCACGAUAGUUUGGAGAGCGUCUUUCCUCCUCCUCCACCUCCUUUGGAGGGCUCUCGCGGUGGCCAGAGCUAUCUUAUUGAGCGGCUGUUGAACAACCGCGACGUGAACGGACGUCGGACGAGUUAUCUCGUCCGGUGGCGCGGCUAUCCCCCGUCCUGGGAUACUUGGGAGCCCGCUUUCAACUGA